AUGAUCUAUUCCCCAGAGAAUGAUGCAGCAGGCGAUGCUCAUCAAGAAAUUUUGAAUGCAGAGCGGAAGAGGACUCGACAACUUGAGGCUGACAUGGACGCCUUGAGAUGCACGCAUGUGGCUGAAAUGGAUGCAGCUCAAUCCGCCAACCAGAAGUUGACAUCUGAGUUCAACACGCUCAAAGAGUUGUGCGAGGAACAGCAGAAGCAGCUUGCUCAAUUGGCUGAGAAGCUAAAUGCCCUUGCGAACAGCUCUGAAGCAACCUCGCCUGGUAAGGAGACCGAGCAGCCAUCUCCUCCUGAAACCUUGCCAUCACCUCCCAACCCUCCCAUGGAACAUGCUGCUAGAGCCUACUUGGAAUCCAAACUGGCCAGCUCGGCUUCCCCUGAUGUCAUUCCUUCGCCCUCAUGCCCUGGUGGUGCAGACAUGGCACCUGCAGACAUGGCACCGCCUCCGCCAGCCAAGAUAGAGGCAAUGUAUCGGCUCCGGCAAAUGUCAAAGCAGUGGAGGAAGAAAAUCGCUGGGGCGAUCGCGUACUGUGAAAAGCGGAAAUUGUACAAGAAAUGUCUUUAUGAAGGUUGCAGGAAGUACUUGGUGUUGAUGGAGGAUCGUGUGGAGGUUGGUGAUGAGAAAAUCCGUGAGCUUGAGGAGCUCGCAGAGGCUGCAGGAUUCCUGUCCGAGUCCUAUGACAUGGGAAUCGGUGACGCAGUUGAUGUAUCGGAUGAUGAGAGCGAGUCCAAAGACCUCAAGAAGAAACCCACCUCUGGCCUGCCUCCAAUCGAGGGUGACGAGACCUAUGCUCAGUUCACUAACAAGUACAAGAAGGCUAUGCUAAACAGACGCCAGGUCUACAAGGAUGUCAGUGAACGCUUAUCGUCCGAGGGGUGCACCACACACGAGUUUCUUGAUUGCGCCAGGGGGUCACACCGCCAUUGCUUCUUGUGGGCAUCUAUGCCUCACAAGCUCUACAGUGCUGCUCACAAGGGCUUUGAGUUGGGCAAUGCUGUGAUUGACUCGUUGAUGGCAGAAUUUGCUAUCCAAGCUCGAGGUGUCCCUCAGAGAUUGACAAAGGCUUACUCAGUGUGCGCUUGCUUUUGCAAACAAGUUCUGAAGGAGAGCCCUCAUCUCAAGAUUUUUACCAAAGAAAAUCUGCACUGGAGUAGUUUGGCAUCAAUGCCAGACUCCACGAUGAAAGCAUCUGACGUGGCGAUGUUCCUCAAAUGGCUUUGUGACUACAUGUCUGGACCCAUCGAAUUCGAUGAUGUUCUUGAACUUGCAUUCAAGGCAGUUUGCAGCAUGGAUGAUUUCAUGCGCCUUGUUUACACUGCUGACCGCAUUUGGUUGACGAGGGCAGAAGCUACACAGGACUGGUCCUUAGAGUUCAUCUCGAAGAAAUAUGCCCCUGAGGUGGCCAAGAUUCGGGAGCUCUGCAAGGAGCUCCCAGAGGACUACGAUGAUAUCAAGUUAAUGCGCUAUGCGAUGCAACAUCCCGGCAAGCCGGAAGACGCUGCGGCCAAUGUGAAAGAAGUCUUGGCAUGGCGACAAGGCGAAGGCGCCCAGUUGUGUGAGGCAGCGGCCAAGGCCAUCGAGAAGGCGCAGGAAGGUGGAGGAUGGGACAAUGCGCCAGUGCUAGCAGCCGCGCCAUAUGCGGACAAGAUCUCCAAGUACAUUACACCCUCGCAGAUGGUGGUGGUGAGCACCAAGGUCGGUGACUUGGUCACCUGCAUCCGGGCCUCCACCAUCGACAGUGAAGCCUUGAUGAAGGAAGUCUCCGAGGAGGAGAUGACCGAGUUUUUCAUUUAUGCGCGGGAGGUGAACUCUGCGAUCGCGGAGCUGCGCACGCGCGCCGGGCACGUCUGCAGGCUGAUCUCCGCCAACGACCUCACCGGCGUUUCCAAGUUCCCGGCCCCGGACUUGGCGUGGACGGAACUGGGGAGCUGGGUUGGAUGGAUGUGGUUCCGGUGGCAGUGGUUCAAACAGAGCACCCCCAACGGAGGCAGUGGUCGUUGA